GACGGAAGCCAGAAUCGCCUGGGAUCUGGUCGCAAAGAUGGCGUCCUCCGCCUCCGCUCGGCCUCCGGCCGGGAAGCGAGUGGUAAAUCAGGAAGAACUCAGGCGAUUGAUGAAGGAGAAGCAGCGUCUGAGCACUAACCGGAAAAGGAUAGAAUCUCCAUUCGCGAAGUACAACCGUUUGGGCCAGUUGAGUUGUGCCCUAUGUAACACCCCGGUCAAGAGCGAGCUCCUGUGGCAGACUCACGUCCUGGGAAAGCAGCACCGAGAGAAAGUGGCCGAGCUGAAAGGCGCGAAGGGAGCCACACAGGGUCCAUCUGCCAGCGCAGCGCCUCAGUCCGCCAAGAGGAAAGCGUCGGAUGCGGAUAACCAAGACGCCAAGAGAGCGAAGGCCUCCUCCGUUCCUCAGGUACAGCCCUCCACGUCCGCUUUCUCCACCAACUUUGAUAAAACAGGGAAAGAGUCCGCUAGAGCGAUACCUAGUAAACCUUCGGGACUCGGUUUACUCCCUGAAUAUGAAGAUGAGGAGGAGGAAGAGGAGGAAGAGGAGGGAGGAAGAGAAGGAAAAAGAGGGGAUGGCAGCAAACUGCCGCCCAACGCACAGGGCAAAGAACACUCGCUUUCCUCCUCGCGGGAAGCAACAAGUAGUGUGCUGCCAAACGAUUCCUUUAAUACGAAUCCUCCCAAGGCCCCCUUAAUUCCUCAUUCAGGGUCUAUUGAGAAAGCAGAAAUACAUGAAAAAGUGGUGGAAAGGAAAGAAAACACCGCGGAAGCAUUACCGGAAGGAUUUUUUGAUGAUCCUGAAGUAGAUGCAAAGGUACGAAAAGUUGAUGCUCCAAAGGAUCAGAUGGACAAAGAGUGGGACGAAUUUCAAAAAGCCAUGAGGCAGGUCAACACUAUUUCUGAAGCUAUAGUCGCAGAAGAGGAUGAAGAGGGACGGUUGGACCGCCAGAUUGGGGAGAUUGAUGAGCAGAUAGAGUGUUACCGUAGGGUGGAAAAGCUGCGGAAUCGCCAGGAUGAAAUUAAAAAUAAACUUAAAGAGGUUUUGACCAUAAAAGAACUGCAAAAAAAGGAAGAGGAGAAUGCUGACAGCGACGAUGAGGGAGAACUACAGGACUUGUUAUCUCAGGAUUGGAGGGUGAAAGGGGCUUUGUUAUAAGGUUUUUUUGUUGUUUUGUUUCUUACCUUACUGGGGAUUGGAUCUGCUGAAGCUCUACAAUUGAGUCACAGCCCCAGCCUCCUGCCCCUCCCUUUUUAUUUUGAGACAGGGUCUCCCUGACUUGCCCAGACUGUCAUUGAACUUGGAGAUCCUCCUGCCUCAGCCUGCAGAGUAGCUGGGAUUCUAUAGGCGUGCCCCACCAUCCACUGCUAUUGUAAGGUUUUAAAGAUCCAAGCUUUUCAAUAGUUUAAAAAAAAAAAUGCUUUUCAAUAUAUAGAUACAUCUGUUACUCCUUUCCUAGAGAUUUGUAUACUCAUGUCAGUCGUUGAGAUAAAAUGAGCCAGUGAACAGCAGCACUUUGGAAUGUUGGUGGAUUUUUGAGGUAAAAUUGCUUUUGAAAUUUUUGAAGUGUUACAUAACAAAGUGCCAACUUUUUCAUACAUUUUAAGGCUUAAGUGUUUUAAUUUUGAGUUGUAAAAUCUGUAAGUUGUAAAUAUUGUAUACAGUUAAAUAUAUAUUUACCUAAGUAAUUGUUUUGGAAUUUAUAAGUUAAUAUAAGUCUGACCAACAGACAAGUGUUUACAUGAAUAUACUCUGCUGUUUAGAAUGUACAUAUUUUUUCUGAUCCCUAUAUCAAAGGGUUGGAAUAUUUUGUUCUGUCUUAAGAACACUACUCAUAAGUUAUUCUAGGUUACUCGGUUCUCUAGCUAGGUAUUCUGUUUUCAAAAAAGUGCUUUAGAAAAACAUUGAGAAAAAUAUAUGCCAAACAUGUCCAACCUCCUUAAAGCAGUUUGUCUUGACUAGACUGGUGUCUGUCAGAUGUGGAUGUACAUGAGAAUCAACUUUGAAACUUAUAAAAUUGUACACAUGAAUCACUAUGAAGUUUUUUUUUUUUUUUAAAAGUCAAAUAUCAGAGCUAUGACCUUAGAUUCAGUAAACCUGGGUGGGAUGGAGUUCAGACAACUGUAUUUUUCUUUUUUCUUCUUUUUUUGCAGGAUUAGGUAUCAGACCCUAGUACAUAUUAGACAAAACACUCUACCCUCAGUAGAGACAACUAUAUUUUUUAAAGUUCCCAGGUAGGGGCUGGGGAUGUAGCUCAGUUGGUAGAGUACUGGUCUUGCAAGCACAAGCCCAUGGGUUCAGUCCCCAGCACCGCAAAAAAAAAAAAAAAAAAGAUAUUAAAGUUCCCAAGUAAUUCUAAUAUAUGCCAAAAUUGGAGAGCAGCUGCCCUUAAUCUAGAAUACGUUUAUGUUGUUUUCAGAAUUGCUUUAGUGCUAAAACAUUGCAUAAAUAUCCUGCUUCUUGAAUGAAAGAAAUACUUAUUACCUUUAUUUCUAUCUUUUUCAGUCUGAAUUUUUAUUUUGUGAUAAAUUAGGGUUCAUUUUUAUAGGUUUUAUUAAUUAUGGAGAGGUCAUUUAAGUUUUUCUUUUUGUUUUUCUAAUAGUAACAGUUACCCUUGUGUUUGGUCUGUAAUAGAUGAAGUCAGUCCUCCCUUUGGAGGUGGAGGUAUUUAAACAGGAAAAGGGAAUUAGUGUUCUGGAGACAGAAAUGCAUAUUCAGACAGCAUAUUCAAAUAAAAAUGAGCAUAUGCAAAUAAUACUUGAGAUUUAACAGUUCUUAGAACAGGCCAGGCAGGAUUCUAAGUGCUUUACAUAUAUUAACUCACUCUAGUUUCCCUAAAGCUCAGAUUUUAAAGACACAAGUACCAAGAAAGGUGUGCAAAGCCUUGAAUUCUAAAGAAUUCUUCCUGUUGGCACUGUGAAAAUUAAUGGAGGUAUUUUAAGCAAAGAAUCUGCAAAGAAAUAUCAGAUGUUAUUCUAAUUGUAGUAUAUGGAAUGAAAUGAACAUGAAAGAAAGAAGCUGGGAGACUACUUGAAAACUACAUGUACAAAAGCAAGGUUACUAAGACUGAUUAGAUAUGGACUGAGAAAAAUAAAAGAAGUUCAUAAGAAGAGUUGUUUUAGUGACUACAUUUGGAAGAAGAAAGGAGAGAGAGAGAUGCAGUCAAAGUAUUGUUUUUUAAUUAGCGUGGGUGCCUAGAAGUUGUUGACUGGCAGAAGCACAAGUUACUAGUGUAGUCUUUCCACCUCUGGCACAAAAAUCUUUGCUUUCUUGAGCUGCCAGUUGGUCAGUGAUAGCAAUUUCAGUUUAACGACUAAGGGUGCCUCAAAUCUUUGAGCCCACUCUUAGAUGUUUACGUCAUUUAUCACUUUAUUAUUUCAGCAUGCAAGAAGUACAAAAUGGGUUGAAUUGUGAGCCCACUUCUACCUUGGUUAAUAAUCUAAUAGAGCACUGCCCAAUAAUAAUACAAGCCACAUAUG